AUGGUGUAUCAACAACGCGAAGGUCACGUGCAUGUGCCAUUGAGGCAUGUGGAAGAAGACGGAUGGCAUUUGGGAGAAUGGUUGUCGGAACAACGGCGUGCGUACAAACAACAACGACUUUCUGCGACAUAUGCCGUUCGCCUCCAACAAGCCGGAGUGGCAUGGGAUCUGCAACAACAACAUUGGAAUGACAUGUUUACACGCCUACAAGAAUUUCGUCAAAAACACGGCCAUUUUCCACGGCAACAACAACACCACGACGCCAAACUCGGGAGUUGGCUCAAUACGCAACGCGCCGCCAUGCGAAAUGGCAAAAUGAGCUUGAAUCGUCGUGCCAAAUUGGAAGCUUUGGGCGUCGCGUGGAAUCAGCACCAUCAAACGUGGAACGACAUGGUGGCAUUGCUGGAAGAAUAUCAGCAACGACACGGACACGUCCAAGUUCCGUUACGGCAUGUGGAACAGGGCCGCAAGUUGGGAACGUGGUGGGCCAGUCAACGCAAAUUUCUCAAAAAGGGAACCAUGACACCCGAGCGACGAAAACGAUUGGAGCCAUUACUACUCAUUGGAAAUAUUACUAUUACUACUACUACUACUGCGACCACCUAA